AUGCUUUCGCGUAGAAGCGCAGGGCCGCUGGUUGCUUGGUGUGUGCAGCCCCGUUUGUGGGCGGCAGACGCCGCGAGAGGGCACCAGUCGGUUGCUUGCCGGUUACCGUAUCGCUGCCGAGAGGGCCGAGCACCUGCAGUAGCACGGUCGACAUGGCGCUGGAUCCGCCUUUAUGGAGGCACCGUGGUGGUCAUGGGACCGAAACGCGCUCACAAUAGAACGCAAAGGCCAACGAAACGCGAACCCGUAACCGAGCAUAAGCCUGCAGCAGCGCGCCAUGAACCUCCUUCCACUCCCGCAACUCAGACCGAAAUCGCUCCCGACAGUACUGCUACGAUACCAUCAGAGACAGUUCCUGCACUUCAAGCAAGCGAACAGUGUCGUGCUGAGGAGCUUGCGCUCAGCGACAUUCGUCAGGUUGCAGCAGGGUUGUUCGGCGAGUCCAUCCGCGUCGAGUCGGCGUCCUUCAGUCCUGAUCGACGGUUAUAUCGAGUGUUUCUAUGCACGGACGCCACGAUAGGUGAUUGCGAAACCUUGACAAAAGCGCUUGUCGCGGACAACUCCUGGGAGCACGGUAUGGAUAUCCAAAGCUUGGAAGUAUCGAGUCCUGGCGUCGGCGACGUCUUGCAACAUGACCGAGCAUUCCAGGCGUUUCGCUCGUUUCCCGUCAUCGUAACGUUUACCGAAGAACACCCCAAAUACGGAAUGAUGGUACAGGGAAACCUGGUCGAUCGAGAUGAAACUUCUGUCCGCAUCAGUCAAGGGGGCAAGGUUCUCAGGCUCGAACGCGCCGCAGUGCGGGAGGUUCGUCUCGUACCCGCCGAAGAGGGUGACAAUCUUUAA